UGUCCCCUGUACGCAUGUCCGGAAGUGUGCGUUUGUUACGCAAAGGAAGGACAAAAUUUGUUCGGGAAAGUUCGCAGUUGAUGAUUAGAUCUUGAUCGGAGAAAGUAUUUGAGACAUGAGCUUGCACGAUUUGUUUCGCGGAUUAUUUGGGUUUCACGGAGGACAUCGACAACCACCGCCCGAGUACUUUGAUGAGAAUGAAGACUUGGAUGAUGAUGAUGAUGAUGAUGAACACGAAGAGGACAGUUUCGGCCAUGACUUUGGAGCAUUUGGGUUCAGGGGUGGGCCGGGGUUCGAGGAGUUUGGCGGCGAUGACUUUGGGAUGUCGGACAUGAUGAAACACUUUGAUGAGAUGUUCCACACCUUUGAUGAACUUUUCAGACAACUGGGGACUGUGGAAUUCCCGCCCUUAUCACCUCCACACAGACCAGGUGUACCAGGUAUGGAACCUCCCUCAUCAGGACCUGGACAUGAAAGGUCCCUCAGAGACAGAAUGCUGAAGGAACCAGGAGCAAUUCCAGAGGGAGGAAGUAGCAGAAGUGAACAGCCAAAAAGUGAACAGCCAAUACCAAAGAGAUAUCCACAAUUUGAAGACUUCUGGAAGAAUCCAUUUGGCCAGCUACCCCCCUCUCCAUGGGAGAAACCCCCCUCCUCACCUCAGGACAAAGUUGAUAAAGAUCUGGAUGCCCAAAUCUCAGCGUCAGACCUGGAUGCUGUCCUGCCCCGCCAGCAGCCGUCACAGCCUCCGCAGGGGCGGUCCUUCUUCAAGUCCAUCACCACGACAACCAUCAGGGGCCCAGACGGGAAAGUAGAACAGAGGAGAACAGUCCGAGACGGGUCGGGGAAUGAGGAGACCGUGGUCACGCGGAACGAUGGUGACCAGACGCACACCGUUGUGACCAAGAGAGAUCCGUCUGGUAGAGAGGAAACAAGGGAGGAGAUUUCUGAUAUAGACCAAGGGAGAUCAAGUCAUCCUGAGGACAGGUGGCCUGGGAGGCGGCCUGACCUUCGACCUCCCACCCUGCCGGGUCAGCCCCGUCUUCCCGACGACAACACGGCGUCCAUCUUCUACAAUCUGUUCGGCUCCUGGUUUGGAGGGAAGUAGCUGCCUUGGUGAUGGACAUAUUUUGGCAGCUUAAAGACAAACACCUGACAUACUAGUCUGGGAGAAGCAUCUUGGUGCUGACAGUCACUGGACCAUAUUCAUAUAGAAGAGGAAAAGAUAACAUGAAGAUGUCUUAUUUGGGUUUUUGGAAAACCCUGUCCAGUCUGAAAAGAGGGUCUGCAUGGGGGUAUUUAUCAUAAGAGCUUUGAGAGUUAUCUAACUGUGACACAAGAGAGAUACAAAUAUAUAAGAACCAUCAUGUUGCAGUAAACAGAGUAUUUAUUUGCCAUUAUUACUAUAUGACAAUGACAGCAUAUUUCGUAUGGUCACGCUUAAACUGUUUCUACAUGUACUAGUACUUCAUUUGCUACUACUGCAAGCUUAGCCACACAUUGACUAAAACAGUUAAGCUUUCCAUAUUUAUACAAUUGUUGGCAGUAACUUCAAGUCCAAAGCAAUGACAGAUGUCCUGUAUAUGGAGCUGUUGCAGGUUGGGAGGUGGUCAGGAAUCAGACAGUUGUUGUUGUGGAGGAGGAGGAGGGAGGUGCUGGAGCUGUGUAACUGGAAUGACAAAUGAAUAAACAUGAGGCUUGGACUUCCAUG